AUGGAUAAGGUGCAUGGUAGCCACGAAAUGGAUUAAUUAUUGUGCUACGAUCAUCGUCUGGAGAUCAAUCAUAAUGUGUCACAUUAACCUAUGCUCAAUACCGAGGUUCGGUACUGCUAGGUACCGCAAUUUGAUAACAUGACGUAUUCUGAUUGAUUUCCAGAUCACAUUCUACAAUGGGUCUCCGCCCAGAAUAAUUUCUCCUGAAAAUGCAUGGAGAAACAAUAACACCGAUCUUCUGUUUUGAAUCAUUCAGACUCAUUAUGGCUUGCAUGGUCGCUUAUCCUCCCACUUCUAGGUGGCGAAGGACCACCAGAUGCUUCUUUGAUUGGACCAAAAACCGCAGUGCAGAACAGCAGAAACCACAGCCUAAGUACCAUGAGAUCAGUCUCCCUUUCCCUCAUUCUCUGCUCGCUAAAACUCACCUCAGAGGAAGGGAGCUCAAGUGCUGCUAUUUAGCCUCCUCAGAUGGCUUCAGUGCUAAAGACUUCCACAACCACUGUGAUUUCAAAGGUCCUUGCGUGGUGAUGGGCUACACUGACAAGAACUUCAAGUUCGGCGCAUUCAGUCCUGAAGGAUACCGAAGCACAGAUGAUUAUUACGACACAUUUGAUGCUUUUUUGUUUUACUGGAAAGAAGAUGAAGAUGGGGGUGAUGAGCCAAUAGUUCUGUCCAAAGUCGGUGGCAGUGGCGCUGCGCUAUUCGAUUAUGCGAGGGGAGGUCCUCAGUUUGGAGCCGAUGGACUCCUGAUUGGUCCGCCUAUGGCACCGGUGAUGGGAGGGUUCGCCGGACCUGAUACCAACUCCGGCGUCGGAGAUCUUCGGCAGGCGAAGUCGAGAUUGGGUUUGUCUUAUGCGAGGAGGGAGGAUGGGAAAGAAUCUCUAUUUGGGGAUGAGUCGAGGGCAAGUCUGGUUGAGGUGCAGGUGUUUUGUAGCCCACAGAUAGCGAAGUUAUACUAGCCAGGCUAUUGGUGAGGGAGUACUGCUUAUUCAUACGAGCUAUUUCUUACAGGAAAUGUACUGAAAAUUGUAGAAAGAACCUGAGUUAAUUGGGAAAAUUAUUAGGUGCGGACAUCGGAUAUAGAGAUACAUCCGGACAUCCACUUAAAAUUUGACAUGUGGAGUGCAUUUUGAUUGUGCUUUUUUGUGCGCUUUAUCUACGCUUUGCUUGUACUUUAGUUGCGAUUUGACUGCUUUUUUAUUAUGCUUUUUACUGCAUUUUACAUGUGCUUUAGUUGC